CGAGAUAAGUUCUGUGCGACAGCUGCCUGUCCUUGGCAGGCCGCUUUUCUUCUUCGCGUGCAGGUUGAACCGGGAUCCCCGGCGUGGCUGCCAAUGCCUCCCUUCGGGCAGGUGGGAGCAGACCGGGAGUAGAAAUAGAGCCACGGCGAGAAGAGGGAGACCCAGGUGCAGGAGAAAAGCGGAAACAAGCAGCCAUUGGAGGCAAAAAUGGCACAGGUUAAACAAGUGGGUCUAUUAGCAGCUGGCUGUCAACCAUGGAAUAAAGAUGUAUGUGCUGCUAGUGGGGAUAGAUUUGCCUAUUGUGCAACCCUGGCUAUUUAUAUAUAUCAGUUGGAUCAUCAAUAUAAUGAAUUCAAGUUAUGGGCAAUUAUGUCUGAACACAAGAAGACCAUCACAGCUAUUUCUUGGUGUCCCCAUAACCAGGAUCUGUUUGCAAGUGCAAGUGCUGAAAACCUAGUAAUAAUUUGGAAUGUAACUGAACAAAAAAUUGCUGCAAAAUUACACAAUACAAAAGAUAUUCCUGCAUCUCUUAGUUGGUGCUGGAACAUACGUGAUGCUGUUGCAUUUGCCUCCCAUAGAGGUCCAUUGUAUAUUUGGACAUUUUCAGGGGCAGAGAGUGGUGUAACGGUACAUAACGAAGCUCAUAGUUUUAUGUCAGAUAUUUGUCUGUUUAGAUGGCAUCCAAAGAAAAAAGGAAAGGUAGUGUUUGGUCAUACUGAUGGAAGUCUUUCUCUGUUUCAGCCAGGUUGUAAGCAUCAGAAACAUGUUCUGAGGCCAGAAUCACUUGAAGGGACAGAUGAGGAAGAUCCUAUUACUGCUCUGGAAUGGGACCCUCUGUCAACAGAUUAUCUUCUUGUUGCAAAUUUGCAUAAUGGAAUCCGUCUUGUUGAUUCAGAAUCUUACUCCUGUAUCACGGCCUUUAAUCUUCCUAGUGGAGCAGCAUCUGUGCAAUGCUUAGCUUGGGUCCCUAGUGCACCUGGAAUGUUUAUCACUGGAGAUUCUCAGGUUGGUGUGUUGCGUGUCUGGAAUGUAUCACGAACAACACCAAUAGAUAAUUUCAAGUUGAAGAAAACAGGUUUCCAUGGCCUACAUGUGCUUAAUUCUCCUCCAAAGAAGGAUAAAUUCUUUUCACGGUCUCCUACCAAAAACCAUCAUACAUCAUCUACAAGUGAGGCUGUUCCAUCUCCAAGUCUAACCCAAAAUCAAGCAUUUUCACUUCCUCCUGGACAUGCUGUCUGCUGUUUUAUGGAUGGUGGAGUGGGGCUUUAUAACAUGGGAGCUAAGAAAUGGGAAUUUCUUCGAGAUUUGGGUCACGUUGAAACCAUCUUUGACUGUAAAUUCAAACCUGAUAACCCUGACCUUUUAGCUACAGCAUCAUUUGAUGGGACAAUAAAAGUAUGGGAUAUAACUACUUUAACAGCUAUCUGUACCUCCCCUGGCAAUGAGGGAGUCAUAUAUUCACUUUCAUGGGCCCCAGGAGACUUGAAUUGUAUAGCUGGUGCAACUUCAAGAAAUGGUGGUUUCAUCUGGGAUGUGUCACGGGGCAAAAUGAUAGCUCGCUUCAGUGAGCAUGGGAAGAGUGGAAUCUUCUGCAUUGCAUGGAGUCAUAAAGAUUCCAAAAGGAUAGCAACCUGCAGUGGUGAUGGAUUCUGCAUUAUUCGGACAAUUGAUGGCAAAAUUCUCCACAAAUACAAACACCCAGCUGCAGUUUUUGGCUGUGACUGGAGUCAAAACAACAAAGAUAUGAUAGCAACCGGAUGUGAGGAUAAAAAUGUCCGUGUUUAUUACCUAGCAACAAGUUCUGAUCAGCCACUGAAAGUAUUCAGUGGACACACAGCAAAAGUAUUUCAUGUAAGAUGGUCUCCCCUAAGGGAAGGAAUACUUUGCAGUGGUUCUGAUGAUGGCACUGUUCGGAUAUGGGAUUACACACAAGAUGCUUGUAUAAAUAUUCUUAGUGGGCAUACAGCACCAGUACGAGGAUUGUUGUGGAAUACAGAAAUACCUUAUCUAUUGAUAUCAGGCAGUUGGGAUUAUACAAUCAAAGUAUGGGACACAAGAGAUGGUACAUGCCUGGACACUGUAUAUGAUCAUGGUGCAGAUGUUUAUGGAUUAACUUGUCAUCCUAGCUGCCCCUUCACUAUGGCCUCCUGUUCCCGAGACUCAACUGUGAGACUUUGGUCUUUAACACCUCUGAUAAAUCCUCUCCAAUUAUGCAUCUUGGCAGACAGAUCAUGGGAUGAGAUAAUUGGAAACAUUGAUCGUGCGGUUGAAAUAGGCGCUCCUCCUUUGCUAUGUGGGAAAGCAUCUAGGGAUAUUAAACAAGAAAUAGAGAAGCUAAACAGUAAUCCUCGAGGAAGAAAACUAAGAUGGUUUUCAGAAUGUUUAUCACCUCGAGGAGGCAGUAAAAACUUAUGGGAUCUGGUUGCAGUAAUAAAGGGUCAAGAUGACAGUUUGCUCCCACAGAAUUAUUGCAAAGGAAUUAUGCAUAUGAAACAUUUGGUUAAAUUUAGAAUGUCCAAAGCACAAGAACUUACAACUGUAAAGAUGUCUAAAUUUGGAGGAGGCAUUGGUGUACCUAGCAAGGAGAAAAGGCUGAAAGAAGCAGCAGAGAUACAUCUGAGACUAGGUCAGAUUCAGAGAUACUGUGAACUUAUGGUGGAGCUUGGAGAGUGGGACAGAGCACUAUCAGUUGCACCAGGAGUAUCUAUGAAAUACUGGAAGAAAUUAAUGCAAAGGAGAGCUGACCAAUUAAUUCAGGAAGAAAACGAUGAAGUUAUUCCAUACUGCAUAGCUAUUGGUGAUGUGAAGAAGCUUGUUACAUUUUUCAUUUCAAAAGGUCAACUUAAAGAAGCUCUAUUAGUUGCACAGGCAGCAUGUGAAGGAAAUAUAAAAGCAUUUCAGGGUUCAGCAGCAGAAGAAUCAGAACAUUUUGAAGGGAAUAGCAUAGAAAAUUACAAUGAUCUUCUAUAUAAAGUCAGUAAAGAACUCGCUGAGUGGUAUUUUCAGGAUGGCUGUGCAGUGCUGGCUGCUUGUUGUCAUUUAGCUGUUGAGAAUAUUGAGCUUGCCAUGGCAAACCUGAUUCGAGGAAAUGAACUGGAGUUGGCAGUCAGUGUGGGCACUGUCUUAGGAGAAUGUGCAGCUCAGGCAACUCAUUAUGCACUUGAGUUACUGGCAAGAAAAUGUAUGACUAUUCCAACAUGGGAUUUAGCAGGAGAUCUUCUCAGAAUGAUUCCUGAUAAUGAACUACAAUUAAUAAAACUAUGUGCUUUUUAUCCUGGAUGCACAGCAGAGAUAAAUGACCUACAUGAAAAGUGCAGAUUACCAGAUGUAGAAGAAUGUAUGCAAUUAGCAGAGAAAGCUCAGACAGAUGGAAAUAUAUUUGAGUCAAUAAAGUAUUAUCUGUUAACUGCAGAACCAGAAAAGGCACUUCCUAUAGGGAUUCAAUAUGUCAAAGAACAAAUUAGUAGUUCAGAUUGGACACUUGAUGCAGUCUAUCCUUUUUUGGAUCUUCUCAGCUAUAUACGCACAGAAAAAUUGUUGCUGCAUAAAAGUAGUGAAUUUAGAAAUGAAUUGUUAAUAUUAUGUGGCUACAUUGGGGCUUUACUGGCUAUUCGAAGACAAUAUAACAGCAUUGUACCAGCUCUUUAUGAGUAUACAAGUCAGCUUUUAAAAAGAAGAGACGUAUGUGUACCUCUGAAAAUCGAGCAACUCUCUGAGGAACUAGAUGCUUGGAGAGCUUGUAGCCAAUCAUUAAACAAGUCUUCUGAUGAAUUACUACAGAUACCAUCAUCUGAAUUGCAACAACAGAUUUAUGCAACAAUGCUUUCACGAAUUAAAGAAGAGCCUCUUCAAGUAACCAUUGGAACAAAUUACGUUUCUGGAUCUAACCUUCCUGGUCAUUCAGAUAUUCAUAUCUCUUGUUUGACAGGAUUAAGAAUACAGGGUCCUGUAUUUUUCCUUGAAGAUGGAAAGUCAACAAUUUCAUUAAAUGAUGCAUUGAUGUGGGCAAAAGUGAAUCCUUUCUCUCCACUGGGGACAGGAAUACGACUCAAUCCAUUCUGAUAAAGAAAUCUUUCUAUCAAUAAUGAUAGUUGCUUUUAUUUUAUUUGUGGAAAGAUUUGAGGUUGAUACUUGAACAGUUUUAUAAACCUUGUGAAUUAUAACUUUAAUUUUUUAUAUUAAAAUAGAUAACCCAAAGAGAAUUUCAUAUAUCAUUGGCAGCCACGGGCUUUUAGAAGAAGAUUGAAAUUAGGUAUCUGUGAACACUCUUGUGAAGCACAUUGCUGGGUCAUACAAUAGCAAUUUAUGCUUUGAAUUAUUCCUUAGAUGACACAUGCAUCCUAUUUUAAAUGAAGUGUAUUUGUCUCCUCCUAGUGGAAAUUAAGGGCAUAGCCUAACGAGUACUGUUUUGGAAAAAAGAUCCAUUGAAACAAGUAGACAUUUUACAGCUGUGAUGCAUGAUGGAUUGUGUUUUCAUAUUUAUAAUAAAUUAUUAAUGUGUGUAAAUUUAAUAGUUGUAUAGUAAAUUGGGAAGCAGGUAUUUUGGGAUACUUAGCUUAUACUGAGCAUAAGAACGUUUUUAAAAUAUAUUUUGAAUAUCUGGAUUUGCAUUUAACAUUAUUUAUUUUAAAAGAUUAAGCAUAUUUCUAAAAUUUAUUUUCCAAUAGAUCUCUUUUAAGUAAACUAUUCAUUGUAUCAAAAUAAACUAUGUAAAUUUACAAGGAAUUAACUAUUUUCAUUUUAGUGUUUGUAAAUAUAUGACAUUUAAAGUUUCAGCAUCUAAAUAAAUUAGGUUUGUUUUAAAUAAAAGUUUUUUUCUGAA